AGGAAGAAAAUGUAAUUUUCCUCACACUGAACAUGGUGAAAGUAAGAUGUCAGAAAGUGUGCUUUGUUAAAAAAUUAUCAAAGACAAGAGAACAAAACGAUUUCAUUUUCUUUAACUUCCUUCAUUUGUUUCUAAUUUGACACAAAUGUCAAGAUUUGUUUGAAGAGUAAAAUCAAUGAAUCUCUCUUGGUACAUAUUCAGCUUUGUAGCCUGCCUUUUACAGGAGUUAUCUCCCUUUUCCUGUUUGAUGUUGUCACAUGACUUUACAGGUGGUUUAAUUUCCUUGAGCUAUUUAUAGCAGGCUACUGGCCACGUUUCAUGGAGCGGAGAGAAGGGCUCCCACACAGGUGUGUAGAACUGUUGGAAGUGGUCACAUCGAGAGUCCUGUUGGAUAUGCGUUGACAUCUGCUGUAGGCUGCAGUGUGUGAUCAGCUGUGGUGAUAUUGAGGACAGUGAAGUGAUAUGGAUGACUUCAGACAGCGGGAGUCUGAUGUGAAUAUACAUUGUCGGGUCUGAAAUUGGCGCCUGAUAGUCAGGUGGUAUUGAUGGAAUAUUGAUACUUUGUUUGUAGUGACUGUCCCUGUAUUGAAUUCUAGCUGAAAGUGCAAAUCAAUUUUGAGAAGUUUUCUUUUGGGUUGUUUCAUUUAUCAGAAUGAUCCAAGAAAUGCAACAUUUCUUUCUUUUUUUGUUUUUCUUGGAAAAGCCCUGAGGAAUAAGAAAUGUAUUUCUCCGAAGUGUUUCAAGUAUGGGUGCUGGAUUAACAGAUUAGAGCUCUGUAACUAGACAUACUUCACUCAGAUUGACUUAACCAGUUAAGAUGACAUGACAUGAGUUGAAAUGUAAGUUUACUGAAAUGAACAUGCUGGGAUAGUGUUUGACAAGGAAAUGAUACGUACAUUUCUCAAGGAACUACUUCAAGGUGUAUGAGUCUCAGGAUUUGAGAUAUUGAUGUGAGUAUUGUAACAAAGGAUAAUGUCAGUUUCAAGAGGCGACAGGACUCAAAUAUUUGAGAAGACUGAGCGCUCAGUGGUGAGGAGUGCUUCCGACGCAUCUGAAUACUAUGAGGCAAUGGAAUCUUUACCCAAUGUGAUUCAGGAACUGCCAUAUCGAAACACUUUCCCCAACGAUCCCGAUUUUGGGAGACUUGUUCAAGAGGUGGAACAUGCGAUUGAUAUUGGAAUACCACCUACAUUAAGCUCAAAAGGAACAAGCGGGUGUUACUUUGUCAUGAAUAAACAAAAGAAAACAAUAGGUGUGUUCAAGCCAAAAGAUGAGGAGCCAUACGGUCAGCUAAAUCCCAAAUGGACCAAGUGGAUGCACAAGCUGUGUUGUCCGUGCUGCUUCGGCCGCAGCUGUCUGGUGCCCAACCAGGGCUACUUGUCCGAGGCCGGCGCCAGCGUGGUCGACCAGAAGCUGGGACUCAACAUCGUCCCCAAAACCAAAGUUGUGAAGCUGGCAAGUGAUACAUUUAACUACAAUGCAAUAGACAGGGCAAAAGCAGUCACAAAGAAGAACAUCCGGGACCACGUGCCCGCAGUGGGGAAACGCUUCAAGAGGAUAGGCUUGCCACCGAAGAACGGGUCAUUCCAGACGUUUGUGAAUGGUUUCAAGGAUGCAGACUACUGGCUCCGGAAGUUUGACAAUGAGUCCCUACCAGAAUCCACUGCCAAAACAUUCCAGCAUCUUUUUGAGAGGCUGGUUGUUUUAGAUUACAUCAUUAGGAACACAGACCGAGGCAAUGACAACUGGUUAAUCAAGUAUGACAUAGCUACAACAGCACAAGACAGCAGAGAGGACUCGGAAUGGAGUUUAGUGGAGAACCCUGAAAUAAACAUAGCAGCGAUAGACAAUGGUUUAGCAUUUCCCUACAAACACCCUGACGAGUGGCGAGCGUACCCCUACCACUGGGCAUGGUUACCUCAGGCCAAGAUCCCCUUCUCCCAGGACGUGAAGGACCUCGUGUUACCUCAGCUGGCCGACAUGAACUUUGUACAAGACCUCUGUGAUGAUCUCUUUGAACUCUUUCAGACUGACCAGGGUUUUGACAAGAGUACUUUCGAGAAACAAAUGUCUGUGAUGAGGGGACAGAUCCUGAAUCUGACCCAGGCCUUAAAGGACGGCAAGUCUCCAGUCCAGCUGGUGCAGAUGCCCGUGGUCACGGUGGAGAGGAACCGGGCGGGGCUGGCUCGGACACGCCUUGAUAGCGAUACAUUCACGCAAAGUUUUGCUCACAGAGCACCAUUCUUCUCCUGGUGCUGACGAAAUUGUUAUCCUAAAAACUAUGUCUUGUGAUAAAAUAUCUCUUGCUUGUCUACAUUGAAAUGAGGUAUACUUUAUCCCGAAACUAUUCAUGGAGGGAAGCUUGCUGUCUCUGGUUAGACAUGUGUGGUGAUAAGCUACGUGUGAAUGAGUGUACUUGGCAUGUUCGAUGGACUUAAGCUUCAGUGCAGGAGGGUCAGCGCCAGAGCGUGCUGGACGUAGUAUUAGCAUUCAGAUUGUACAUUCCUGUACCCCACUCAUAUCCUCAUGGUUUACCCCCCUUAUAACCCAAAUAAUAUAUUUUCUACUUUAUGAUCCUGUAGCAUCCCCGAUUGUCAUUAUAAUAUCCAAGCUUCUACACAUCUGUAAUAUGAAACAUGUUCACAAGGCCGCAACAAAUUGAUUACUUGUUUGUCAGAAAUUGCCUCCUUUUUAUAGUGAAUUUUAGGAGUAGAUUACAAAAAGGUACUUGGGCCAAAUAAACUGCUAGGCACAGAACUGGAGUCCCAAAUUAAUCAAUGUGAUCACUGCAUCAGACAAUAAGCUGAUAUUGUGUUCCUUUGGGAGAAAUUAUGAACAAGUAAUCACUUUGGGGUGCCCUAACUGUCAUAAUAGUAUAGCAUCUGUAUGAACUUAAUUUCACAACAAAUAUUACCGUAUUCGACGUAAUAAGCACCCUGCUCUAAUAACCGCCCACGGCGAUAUUUGCUGAUAUAUUGGCAAGUAAACAAUCCUAAUUAGCACCCCUUCCGAUUGAUCAAUGUACACAAGACUUAUUUAUUCGCAUAUAUGCACACUCGUGUGUUAUAUGCACCCUUAAUUAUGGGCAAUUAAAUUCUGGAAAAAUAUAUCUGUCGUACAUAAACAUUUUAGACUGUCACCAUAAACGAUGAAAUUUAUCUUUCAACUCUGUUUUUUUUCCACCAAAAUAAUAUUCUAAUAAGAGCCCCCUAUUUCUAAUUUUGAGAGCGCCCUGGGCGCUUAUUACGUCGAAUACGGAAUGUCAAAUAUUUAAGAUGAUUUCAUUUGGGUGCAAGUUUGCCUUACCACCAGAAAUACUUGUAGCAAAUUAAGAGAAAUAUGCUGAUUGUAUGAGACCAUUGUAAGAAGUAUUUAUCAAUUAUUGUUUAUGUUGAUAUUUCCUUCAGUGCCAAAUGCUUGAUAAGGAUGUACAACCCCAAAGCUGAAAGAGAAGGAAAACUAAACAGUAGUCUGGAUUCACAGUUGCUACUAUAUCACGGAGGUCACAGGCCAAUCUUCCGCCCCAAGUCAACAGCAAAUUUCUUUAGAGGCAUAUAUUUGAGAAUCCUAGAUAAGUCCCUGGAGGUAUUCCUUGAAAGAAAAUCAUGAUUUAAAAUAAGGUAAUAUAGAUUGCCAUAUUUGUUGUCUGAACUGUAUUUCUUGCGAUGGGAUUGCAUAUGUUUGUUCAAACAUUUUCUAUCUAGAACAUUUGAAAUAUCCAGAUGAAAUGCAUUCAGGUUUGAUCUAUUGAUGACUUACAAUGCAUUUUGAGAGUGGAGGCAGGCACCGGGAAGAUUGGUCAAGUUAAACUGAAGCGUGUGUUCAUUACACAUCCUUGCAUGGAGUGAAGUGAUAUUUAUUGUAAACAGUUUACUUUUAGUACCAGACGUAAGACUUUUGCGAGCCUUCAGUCAUGUUCCUAGGUGUGUCAGUCCUCUCUGUGAGAUUAACACACCAAACUAACAGUGAAGCAAUAUCAAAAGAAAAUACCUCAACGGGAGAAAGCAUGAAACCAAUGAGAGUAACAUUUGAUGGUUGUGGUCGCGCAGAUCUCACUGUCAGUUCAGAGGGAGGAUUAGUCUGUCAUACAGACUCUGAAACAAAUAUAUCCAGUACAGCCCAUUCAAGUCUAUAAUGUUUGGCAAGUCUAGAUUACUGCAGUAUCAGGAAUGAAGAAAGUCUCUGGGCUCCUUUUUAUUAUAUUUUUUAACUAUAAUUUAACAACUGUUUUUUUCUGCAAAAUAUGUUCAUUUCAGAGACUAGAUGUCAGUCUAUGGGAGGAUCCUCCUGUCAUUUCGUCACUCGGCUUACGUCCUCUAAUCACUGGUCUCCUGGGUCUGUAUCCCAAACCUGUGUAGGAAGACGCGUCUAUAUUAGACGAUGUCCAUGUUGUGAGAGCUGUGCUCCAAUUAGAAUGUGACAAUCUGUAGAAUUCAGGGAUGACAGUUAUGGCAAUGGGUGGGAAUCAUUUAGGAGAACAUUUAGGCAUGAGAUAGGGUGAUACACAGAUGAUCAGAGAAAUUCCAAUCCUUGUAAGGUUGCCAUCCCUCAAAGGUACGUCAAAGUGAUAUUUAGGCAGAGAUAUCUCGGAUACUUUGUCAUUGACUUACAAUAGCUGCCGUGAAAUGGCACUUUGUGCUGCGAGUUCAUACUUUCAAAACAUGUAAUUCAAAACAUGUAAUUCAAAAUGCCAGACUACCUAAAAAUAAUACCUAUUUUUCAGUAGGAGUGUAUAGUUUAGGAUAGUCACAAGUAACUCUUCCAUCCCUGUGUGUUUAAAGCUGCCAUGUUAUGCCAUGAGAGACUGCCUUGGAGAUAAAAUGUUUCGAUUGGCUGGUGGGGAACCUAGGGGUGUUCUGGGUUACAACACAGGUCUCCAGCAGCCUAUACUUACUGUAGUGUGACCUGUUAGUUCCGGGGGCACGGGGGCCCAUUCGCUAUGCAUAGUUGCAUCCCUUGGGCACUGCAGAAACCUAUGAUUGUGAGUUCGAAUCCUGGUAUGCCCCGAUUAUGUUUCUAGUUUAGUUAGCACCAUGCCCGUGCUCAUGGGUUUCACCAAAGUGGUAAACGUCGGAGACCUGCAUCACUUCGGCCUUUCCUCCCACAUUAAGCUGACACGCCGUGAUAUCACUGGACUUCUGUUUAGAGCGGUGUUAAACCCAACUCACUGUUGGAUCAGGUGGUAAGGCCGUGUCUCUUGGUUGAUAGCAUGUCAUAUCCCAUUUGCAUGGAGUCUAGUCCAGACUUGAUUAGUUACAGAAUGCCAUCAUGUAGCUGGAAUAUUGCUGAGUGUGCCAAUACAACAACAAACAAACAAAUGGUGGGAAACCCUGCCUUUGAAGACGUCUUCAUCACAUCUGACAACAUAAUACAAACAUUGUACUGUGGAGACACUUUGUGAUUUAGUUGGAAUGUCUGUGUGUUCAAGUCAUUGUAAUAUAGGCAUUCAUGUGAUCUUGUUGGCAUUGUAAUUACAUUGAUUGAACAUAUAAAUUAAGGCAUAAUUGAUGUAAUAGUCCGACAGUUGAUUUUGGAAAGAGAUGGCUGUGAAGGUUUUGUUCAUUGAAUGAAUGACACAUUUGGUUCUUGAAUGGAUGCUAAAAGAUAAUCUAGUAUUGUUUCCAGUGUAAAAUGUGUGCAAGAGUAGAUAUACAACUAAGUUGGGGUUUUUUAUGAGAAGAGGAAGCAAGGAAAAGACAGCUACAUUUGAAGUAGUUAGAUUAUUUUUGCUCAUUAGAAUAAUCAUCUAUGACAGAAGGUAAUUGACUACCUUCUCAAUUGUCAGUUAUCAGCCAUAAAUCAAAGCCUAACAAGACACUGCAACAAUUACUUUCUGAAAGAAAUGAGUCGGCUAUUUUACAAGGCAGUAAGAAUGCCUGACAAAAAAACAACUGGAUGAUUGACACAACUACCAUGUGUCAAUCUUUGAGGACUAGAUGUUUGAUAUCAUCAUAACCAUGUACACCUUCUCAUGUCUGUUUCAAUCACUGGAUAAAAAUGGAUCAAGUUGAAGGUUUAGGUGGUUGCCAAGAUCACAAUCCUUCUUAUCUUUGUAGCCUGCUUUAUCCUGUAGAUGAGGGGGUCCUUAAUGCCUAUACAAAGAGUAUGACAAGUAUUCAGGCUUAAUCAGGGAAAAGCUGUGUGGGGCAAGGUGUAGGAAGUAGGACCAGAGCUUCUGGCAGCAUGUAGGGAAUCUGCUAGUGAUGAUGUUCUGUAUGGCAUCCAGCGGGAAUCUGUUGAUUCUGGGGGCACACUGUUGACUGAAACGCCACGUCUUUCACAAGGAGGCAUUUAGUUGCUGAUUGUUGCUGAUAGUUGCAUCCAACAUGUCUUCAGAGAGCAUGGGAUUUGUGUUCUUUAUUUGUGAUGUUUGUUGGUGUCUUGUUUACCUUGUAGCUGACAGAGUUUAGUGUUUCAUGAAGGCAGGGUUGAGGAGAGAGUGUAGAUCCAGGUGUUGAAUUCAUAAGGAAUCAUGCAGAAGAGACAUUUUGUUUGCUCAUCUUGACAUAGUCAGUGAUGGCUUGUGUUAUUGGUUUUGUCCAUCACAGUUAGAACUCUUCCUCUGCAGCAGUACUGAGCAGAUCAGUACUAUGUCUCCUAUCUCACUCUGGCUAAGGGAAGCAUUUUCUUUUUGAAAAAUUCAAAAUGCCUGUUAAUUAACAAAUGGGAAUUAGAGACAAAGCUUUUAUGCUUAAAACUUCUUCUAUGUUACCAUAAGAAGAUAUUGUUUUGAAAUUAUCAGACAGAAAUGAGAAUAUAAUUGUUACAUACUUACAGUGAAGUAAGAUUUAUUUUGAAGUACAAAAUGGCUGUAAAAGCACAGAGACAUAAAUAGAGGUUAUCACUCGAGUGUGUUUAGGGAUGGUAAAUAUCCUGAAUUAGGAAUAAACAUAGUGUUUUGCGAGCCUCUAUGUACGAAUAUGACCCCAGCGGAUAUCGUUUUAUGGCUUUAUCCAGCUCAGAAACCCACCCAUUAUAUGAUAGAGUUAAUACCAGCCAAGAGUUCAAUGACGCCAUCAUCAUGACGGGAUCGGGUGGUCAGGCUCGCUGACUUGGUUGAUGCAUGUCAUCAUAUCCCAAUUGCGUGGAUCAAUGCUUAUGAUGUCAAUUAAUGGAUUGUCUGGUCCAGACUCGAUUAUUUACAGACUGCUGUCAUAUAGCUGGAAUAUUGCCAAGUGCGGCGUUAAACAACAAACAAACAAACAUCAUCAUGUGGAAUAUAAUAGUAACCUAUUUAUAUUUAAGGUUUCUCAAGCAAACAGCUUUAUGUUUAAGCAUCUUAUCUGUGUUUGAAUCAAUCUUAUAAGAGUAUGUCAGGUUUGUCAAAAGUCAAAGCUGUGUCUUGUAUCUGAAAUGUGGGUUCCAUCUGUUGAUGCUUUAGCUUUCAUGAUUUCACUUUAAGUAUCAGAAUGUCAUAAAUCAAGUUACGGGACACAAUAUGGACAAUCUGUUGAAACACUGUAUGAAUGAGGUUCACCAGACAUUACACUAGUAGCAGGACUUGAUGGUUCCAGCUGAGAGUUGGUUGUGCAACAACAAGGGUGUUUCUUUUCUUUCAAAUUUUCGUUAAAUCGAGUAGAUGUUGGUAAAAGUGUUGGGUGAAAGGUUUCUCAUCAAUUCAGAUUAUGUUAUCUUUUAGGACUUUUAAGUCCUAUUAUUUACAUUGUGGUGAGUGGCGUGCAUGGUAGUGAUAGUUUGGUUUAGUUUUUUUAAUAAGACAUUUGAUUUCACUACUGGCAUGUAUUACCCCUGGAUAGGAUUGCACUCCAGACACCAGAUGCAUAAUUCACCAAAGGAGAAGUAAAAUUCUUUUCAUAGAGGCAUAUUUUCUUUCAUGUAGCCAAAACAUUGAGAAAUUUGUUUCUCACCAAUUUUAUCAUUUGAAGCAAUGAACAUCCCUGCAUGAAAAAGCAUAUUUUUUCCCCUUUAUUUAAAAAUGAAAUUUCUGACAUCAUGGUUGCUCAUUUUUCCAAGCUUCUUUUUCUAAAAGUCUUUGCUUGAAAACAGAAGUUGUUAAGUUUCAGCCUUGUUUCCCUUCUCUGAAUUCAUAUCAAGCACCUGUUAAUCAGUCCUGCUUGCAAAGCGUUGUACAUGAAUGAGCUGAUGUACUUGUCAACUCAAGACCAGGCCCUUCUGCUGUCUAAUUGCCUUAUUGAACUAUGUAUAUACAAGUGUCCCAUUUCAUUGUACCAGUGAUUGUCUUGAAUAUUUGUCUAUUUUAUCAUUCCAUGAACCAUUUAUUGUGUAUUGAUAUAUGUAUAUAAGAACUAAAGCUGUAAAUACUUAUUGUGAAUAAUAUUAAAUGUCUUCC